AUGAAAGGCCCCCCUCCGAAACGCAAUUUACCGAUUCCCCCUGGAAUAAAGUCGGAGGAAGCCAGUUCAGUUCAAGUUAUUGAUGAUUCACAAUAUGAUGAACCUGGAAUUCCAUCUGAAAUGAGACGAUAUUAUGAAGGGCUUGUAUCAUCCAGACGGCGUUCGAGAUUAUUCAACAACAGCAACAACAACAACAAUAAUAAUAAUAAUAAUAAUUAUGAAAUUUCCACAUCUCAGCAGUUACGUACGACGGGAAAUGGUAUAGGUCGGAAUGUACGCUCUCUUGGUGAAGAGCAAUCUCCUUCUUUUUGGGAUGAUGGAACUAGGCAAAUGCUGCUUCAGAAUCCUGAAACUGGCAGUUAUUACAUCCCCAUCAGCUCUGGUGAUUUCUUCGUCAUCUUUUUUUUCUUUGUCAAACGCAUUACAAAUAAACCUUUUUCAAGGAAAAAAUAUGAGUGA